AAGGAUGUGCUAUGGAGCUGGGAUUAAACUGCUCUGACCUGUGUGAGGGCAACUCCAGCUUCGGCAGCCAGGAGCCGCAGCAGAGGACCCUGCAAGAGCUCUGCACCGUAACAGUCACAUCUUCUGACCGCAGUGGAAAGAGCUCCCCAUCCUUCUCUGCUGCUCUCUUGGGAGUCGUGUGGACAUUCCUGACAGGAGGAGUCCUGCUAGCCCUCUUCUUUCUUGUCUUCACAAUUCGCUUCAGGAAAAACAGGAUUGUGAAGAUGUCCAGCCCCAAUCUGAACAUUGUGACCCUGCUGGGCAGUGGCUUGACUUACUCUAGCGCUUACCUCUUUGGGAUUCAGGAGCAGAGCCUGCCAUCCAGAGACUCGGUGGAAAUGCUUAUUCAGGUGCGGCUCUGCUUGCUGUGCAUCGGAAGCUCCCUGGUGUUUGGGCCUGUCCUGGGCAAAAGCUGGCGGCUCUACAAAGUGUUCACCCAGCGCGUGCCGGACAAGCGGGUGAUUAUCAAAGACCUCCAGCUGCUGGCGAUGGUGGCAGCGCUGGUGCUGGCAGAUGCAGUGCUGCUGUUGACAUGGGUAUUUGCUGACCCGAUCCAGUGUUUCCGAAGCCUCAGCGUCUCACUGCGGGUGACAGAGAAGGGCAUGACCUGUUCCGUGAGCCGGAUGCAGUCCUGCGCCUCUCUUUACUCUGACCUUUGGUUCGUUCUCAUUUUAGGGUUUAAGAGUAUCCUGUUGCUAUACGGGACAUACUUGGCUGGUCUGACCGACAAUGUCAGCUCUCCGCCAGUCAACCAGUCCUUGACGCUCAUCGUUGGGGUCAACCUCAUUUUCCUGGCUGCUGGGACUGUCUUCUUAGUUCAUCGUUUCUUCCACACUUGGCACAACCUGCUGUUUGGUUUCACCUCUGGAGGCAUCUUUGUGUGUACAACGACAAUCAAUUGUUUCGUUUUUGUCCCACAGCUCCAGCAGUGGAAAGCCUUUGAAGAGGAAAACCAAACUGUAAGCCACAUGGCCAAGUACUUCACCAGCCCAAGCCGAAGCUGCCACUCGGCCUGCAGCGCAGAGCAGCUCUGCCAGCUGAUAGGAGAGAAGAGCUCCAUGCAGCAGCUGCUCUUGGAGAAAAACGCCGUGAUUGAAAGCCUCCAGGAGCAGGUGAACAACGCCAAGGAGAAGCUGAUGAGGCUGAUGGUCGUGGAGUGCGGCUGCGCUCCGGCGCCUGAGGCGGCUCCGUGCGCCACCUUCCCCUUGUGGUGCCAGGGCGCUGGUGAGCGUGGUGAGCAGCACGGUGGCGGCGACAGGCUGCCCUUGGAGCGCUGCCCCGCUGAGCCCAGCGGCUGGCAGUCUCCCAGUUUGCUGAGCGCGCAGGGCGGCCCGGCGCCCUGCGGCAAACACGAGUGCAACGGUGACGUUGAGGAGCUCCAGAAACCGGGGAGCCUUGAGCAUACACCACCUGAGGAACCCCCUCGACCUGAUGAGGUGGCGAAAGAGGAUCCCCCUGCCCGGCCCUUCCGCCUGCUUCCCUGGGUCCGUGUCCCCCCGGGCUUGGUGCGUUGUGAACAAGGCGGUGAGCAGGAUGCGAGCUGGACGAAGUGCUUGGAGCUGUGA